AUGUACUCUCCCUUCAGUUCCAAGGAGAAUCUGCAGUCCAGCGAGGAGGUUGAAGAUCUAAACGUAAUUGACACACAGCCAGGACACUCCGUGGAUGUGCCACUCUUCGCUGACUUUAGCCCAAUAAAUCCGAUUAUGGAAGAGGAUUCUGAGGGCGUUGAAGGCGGCAAAACCAGUGAAGCCAAAGGCAUUAGUGGUGGCGGUGGGCAAAAGAGCAAAGGCGAUGGCGGUGGCAGCGGCAGUGGCGGUAGUGGGGGCAAUCGGUUAAAGAGGAACAUCAAGCACACCGGGAGCCUGAUUGUGCGUAAACUAACUGCCGGCAGGCACAAUGAUGCGGACAAGAAGGGUGCGAUUAGGAAGAAGGAUAAGGAGCAGCAGGAAGUGGCGGACGCGGAUAAGGAGAAACCAGGCAGCAAGCCGGAGGGCAAGGUAGCCAUGCUGCGCACCACAACCCUCUAA